GGUUUAUAAAGUUUUCUUUUUAUAAGACAGGUCUGUUUAUUGAGUGUAUAAUGAGUAAACAAAAUGCAUGAUUGCAAUAAUAAAUACAUUUGAUGGUUCUAUCUCUUCGUUUAUGUUUUGUCAACUAUCCACAUGUUUAUAUUAGCUUAAAUUAAUUUAUAUAAAUACAGUAAAGAAUUAGCUGUAUCAUAAUAAUUAACGUUUUAAAUAGUUUAUAAUGAGAUGAGAAAUAGAUAAGCAACGCCUAUGUGUAACUGUCGUGUACAAAUAUAUCGUGAUAAGAUAUGCUCUUUAUUUGGAGCUUCUCGUUUGCUUGUGUCCUACGCCAAUACUAUAAAAGGAAGCUCAAGUCUUCAGUUUUUAAUAUCGGACCAAAAUACGAAGCCUGUUCUAUGUUCUGUCUCUCCCUAAAAUCAAACGCUUUUCAUUUUCCUUUAGAGAUAGAACGAUGGCGUCGAAGAAAACUCUAGCUCGUAAUUUCUUCAACAUCUCCAAAACCUAUUCCCGGGUUACCCGAAUGCGUCCUCCGACCAAAUCCGGCAUAACUCCGGUCGCCGGAGAUUCUGGAAUCCGCCGGAGAUUUAUUCACAAGAGGGCACUUUUCUGGCCGGAGAUAUCUCCAAAAGGUGGUACUCUGAUGGAGAAACUCAGGGAGCUGAGUUUGUCGAACAAUCGGAUCCGCCUCGACGAGAUGUUACCGCCACCGACGCCGGAGAAUACGUCUCCGGGAAUUUCUCAGGCGGUUACGAUGGAAGACGUGAAGAAGCUAAUGAGGGCAGCGGAAAUGGAGAUGGUGAAAACGAGGCUGAGAGAGAUAGGGCAAAACUGGGUUCCCUAUUCGGAGUUUGUUCGGGUUUGCGGAGAAAACAAUUCGGAUCCUGAACAAGGUAACCGGGUCGCGAAUAUGCUUGAGGAAGGCGGAGACGUCAUCGUUUUGGGAAAUUUUGUGUGCCUUAAGCCGGAAGAGCUAACAAACGCCGUGGCUGGUCUGAUUCCGACACACGAACCCACUCGUGACGCUGCGACAAGACAAGAGUUUGAGCAACUUGAGGUUAUAAAAUCAGAAAUCGACAAAAGAGCCGAAACUAUGGCGAGGAGAGAGUUAUAUGCAGGAUUAGGGCUUGUUAUAGCCCCAACGAUUGGGUGUUUUAGGUUGACGUUUUGGGAACUGUCGUGGGACGUGAUGGAGCCCAUAUGCUAUUACGUAAGUACGGGUUAUUUCAUGGCUGGUUACGCCUUCUUCCUCCGAACCUCGAAGGAACCUACCUUCGGAGGGUUUUUCAAAAGCCGGUUCGAGAAGAAGCAGAAACAGUUGAUUAAAUCGCUUGAUUUCGAUAUUGACCGGUUUACCAAGCUACAGAAGAUACAUCGUCCAGAGUUGACUGAUUCAGCUGCUCGUUCUUGAUUUAUUUCUUUUUGUUUUUUUCUUAUAUAUGCGGAUACUAAACGAAAUGUAUUAACGCCUAAAGGUUUUAUUGAGAUUAAAAAUAUACUUUAUAGGGAUCUUUUACC